AUGGAGUCAGGUCCCCAUCGCUCUCAUUGUUUCGACAUGUUUGAAGGAAUGCCGCCGCAAGACGAUCAUAAUUUCAACUCGGCAUUCCUACCGAACACCGACUUCCAUGUCCAAUUGCAGUCGGUACCACAAAACAUAUCGACCCGAAGCAACAACAACGACCACUCUCUCUUAAACCCAAAUGGUGACGAAAGAAGGGCAAGAAGAAUGUUCUCUAACAGAGAAGCAGCAAGAAGGUCACGUAUGCGCAAGAAGAAGCAGAUCGAAGAGCUGCAGCUGCAGGUGGAACAUCUCAUGAUGCUGAAUCAUCACUUGUCUGAGAAAGUCAUCAGCUUGUUGGAAAGCAACCAACAGGUCCUGCAAGAGAACUCGCAGCUGAAAGAGAACGUCUCUUCCUUUCACCUUCUCAUGGCAGAUAUGCUAACACCCAAGAGAAAUGCCGAUGGCAACAUCAGUGACCGCUUUGUGAAUCAUCUAAGAGGAGAAACAUCGAACCGGACCAACACUACUCCCUUUGGUAAGUAA